UGUUCCCGUCUGGGUACCAGCUCCCUUCAGCCGUGCAGGCGGCAGCGCCGGAGGCCAGCGGAAGGACUCAACUUGCUGGAAUUUUGCAGGUCUGUUAGAACCUUCCGAGGCCAUAAAAGUAGGAGAAAGAAGCAGACCAGAUCAAUACCAGAAGUAAUUGCAUUCAAAGAGGAAUAAGCAGGAAAGAAGAAAGAGAGGCACAAGAUGAAACCCUGUCAGAAAAUUGAAGAAAAACCAGACAAUGAGAAUGAACCAAAGCUGGAGGAAGAGCCAAAGCCCGAGGAAAAGCCAGAGGAAGAGGAAGAACCAGAGGAGGAGGAAAACGCAGAAGAAACUUUUAGAGAAAGGCUGAUUCAAUCUCUCCAGGAUUUUAAAGAAGAUAUACAUAACAGGCAUUUGAGCAAUGAGGAUAUGUUUAGGGAAGUGGAUGAAAUAGAUGAGAUAAGGAGAGUAAGAAACAAACUUAUAGUGAUGCGUUGGAAGGUCAAUAGAAACCAUCCUUACCCUUAUUUGAUGUAGUUUACCUUGAUUUCUGUUUUAUCUGAGAUUAACAUUGCUAUGUAGCUUUCGUUUUAUUAGCAUUUUUCCUGAUAUAUCUUUGCCCAUCUUUCUACUUUUAACCAGUUGCUAUUAGUGGUUUUAGAUAUAGCUCUUGUUAUCUGCAUCUCAUUGUUUAUUGUAUUUUGAACCUAUCUACAAGUCUCUGUCUUUGAAUAAGAGAGAUUUACUCACUGUAAAAAAGAAGUUCCUGUUAGCAUAUAAAAUGGGGGGAAAAGGUUAUUAAAUAAUAUGUGAAUAUCAUAUUUUUGAAUAAGGUAAAAGUACAUUUGUAUAUUACAUAUAUGCUCAUUAAAGCUUGGGAAGAAUAAGAGACAAAAAGUUAAGGCAAGCUGGGCAUGGUGGCACAGGCCUAUAAUCCUAGCUAUUUGUGAGGCUGAGGCAGGAGAGGAGGACCACAAG